CAGCCUCUAGUUCUAACUCAAGAUUCACCAUUAAGAAACCAACUUAGGUACUCAUACUAUUACCUAUAACCAAGACGCCAAUACAGCCGACAAAAAUGAAGGCAUCACUGCUUCUCAGCCUUGGCGCUCUAGCGCUCCCAGGAGUUAUGGCAUCUCCCCUACACGAGGUCGAACCAAGAGAAGGCUCCCACUCAUUCAUGGGCUCCAACUUAUACUUCCUCCCAGGUUUGUCUGACAAAGACCAAGAUCAAUACAUCAGCGACCUCUCCAACUAUGGCGUCAAAGUAGUCCGCGUGUGGGUAAACCAACAAGCUGCGGGCCACUGUGAAAAAGGCAGUAACCUCGCGGUAAAUGUAGGACCACUGGAGUCCGACUUGGGGAAGUUCGAUGACAAAACGCUGGAUGCCGUCGAUAAAGUCGUCAAUAAGCUAGCCAAGAAGGGUAUCAAGUCAAUUAUUUCGCCCCACGACGCAAACUCGCUUCUCGAUGACUAUCGAAGGGACGUGUACACCAAGUUCGGCAAGUCCGGAUUCUAUUCCUCGGAGGAUGCCAUCCAAGCCUACGAUAGUCGAAUCGACCAUAUUCUCAACUACAAGGGAGCCCACUCCGGCCAGGUAUGGAAGAGCUGGAGCGACGCAAUCAUGGCAUUUGACCUCCAGAACGAGCCCAUGUCGCCAGACCUUUCGGUCUGCAAGAAUAACGACCAGAAGAACUGGCUCUGCGGCCGCGCCAAGAAAUUCCGCAAUGUCCUGGGUGCUAACAACAAGAUCCAAAUUGCGACUGGAGGUAUCGGCGGUGACAUUUCGCAUGACUGCACCUUCAUCGAGGCUGCUACGCAGUGUCCUGAGAUCGACCUAAUCGCCAUCCAUCGGUAUGCGGGUAGCCAGUCUAACAACCCCGGUCAAUGGUCUGGCGGCGGCAAAAAAUGGGUUCAGCAGGCCGGCGGCAAGCUCAUCUUCGUCGAGGAAUGGGGAGUUAACACUGCCGCCAACAGUGCUAAGAGCGAGCUUCCUGCCCAAGCCAACGAUAUCAAUAAAGUUGGUCUACCAAACUUGUAUUGGCAGUUUCUUCCUAAGAAGACCUGUUUCUACGACCCUAGACAGGAUUCUGGCGAUCACUUUGGUAUCUUCGUAAAGGGCGACGUGGAUAUUGCUUCGGUCGUGAAGGGCGCUUCUAACGCUAAUGCCCUACAGGAUUGGUCAAAGGUCAUUGGGUAGACCAGACUCUUGGAUCUCGUAUAAACGCUCUGUUGGGUUUCCGUGAAGCCUUAGGAGAUACUUCUUUAUAGAUCGUUAUGAGUGGCCUAUCUUGAACCACGUGGAUGUACAUACUUGUCAGCAUUUAUUUCUUAGUCUCUUGUUUAAACACAAUAGUAUUA